CAUUGGACACAAGGUGACAGAGAUGCUCCGAACGCUGGAAGAAAGAGGAUGGAAGAGAUGUCACGCUGAGAGACAGACAGGACCCUGGAGAGACAGACAUAUGGACAGAGUGAUUGCUAGAGACUGACUGAGCGCUGGAAGGACAGCAUUGGAGAGACUGACAAACUGUUGGAAGGACAAGUACAUUAGAUGUGGAAGAGACAGGCAGUGACUGCUGUGAUGUUCUGAGAUACAGACCGGCUGAGAGAUGUAUAGACAGCAGGUGGAUAGAUAUAUAUGGGGUUAGGAUACACACCGGGUACACCGGGUGAGAAGGGCGCUGGGCACAUCUGAGGGGGUACUCGGCGGGCUCGGGGAGAGAGAUGGCUGCUCUCGCCAGUUCUCUGAUUCGCCAGAGGAGAGAAGUGAGAGAGCAGGUUGGACCCCGCCCGGCACCCCCACCACGAAAAGUCUGUCCCCGGGGAACCAAGUCCCUGUGCCAGAAGCAGCUGCUGUUCCUGGUGUCCAAAGUCAGACUGUGCGGAAGCCAGCGACGAGCUCUCCAAAAAGACCCUGAGCCGCAGCUGAAAGGGAUUGUCACCCGCUUGUCCAGCCGUAUGGGUUAUUACCUGCAGUAUCUGCCUGAUGGGACAAUAUCAGGGACAAAAGAGGAGUGUAGUCCAUAUACUCUCUUCAACGUCAUCCCUGUGGGCCUGCGCGUGGUGGCCAUCCAGAGCUCUGCUUGCUGUCAGUACGUGGCCAUGAACGCGGAAGGACGGCUCUACAACUCCAUUCACUUUACAGCAGAGUGUCGUUUCAAAGAGAGCGUCUUUGACAAUUAUUUUGUAACUUACUCGUCCACACUCUACCGUCAACGUGGGUCUGGUCGAGGAUGGUACCUGGGCAUUAAUAAAGAUGGACGGGCCAUGGAGGGUAACAGGGUAAAAAGACACAGACCUGCUGGUCACUUUCUGCCCAAACUCAGUGAGGUUGCGCUGUAUAAAGAGCCAUCUCUUCAUGAUGUCAUUAAAACGUCACCUAAGAGACGACUAACAUCAAAACCAAGUACACGAGUCCGAGGGGCCCGGUGAGAGAAACGCAAGGAGAGGACAACAUUGGGGCAAGUGGGAAACAUUGAGAAGAAGAUAAAGAGAAUGUACUGUAUGUAAUGAAAAGAUGGAAUGGAGUAAUGCCGAGGAGUGAGUGUCACAGGGAAAUGGACACUUUAAGCAGCCUGCUUCUCCUCUAUGAAAACAUAUUGUGGACACCAGGACUAUAUAUGACACCUGUAGACUCUCAGAGUAACUAAAAAACACACCAUACGUCAUCGAUGAUUGCAAUAAUACCCUGACAACUGGUAUCUCUAGGACUGGCAAAGAGGAUUGAUAACAGGUAUUUAGAUACCUUUCACCUCUAUGGCUUGAUACCUAGCACCUCUUGGACUGAUAGAAAACAGGUAUCUCUCGGACUAGAUACACUGUGCCUCUUGUACUGGAUACCUGGUACCUCUAGGACUGGUAGAGGAGACAGAUACCUGGUACCUCUAGGAUUGCAUAUAAUGCACCUCUCGAACUGGAUACUGGGUACCUCUAGGACUGGUAGAGGAGACAAAUACCUGGUACGUCUGGGACUGGAAAUUCUGCACCUCUAGGGCUGGAUACCUGGUACCUCUAGGACUGGCAGAGGAGACUGAUACCUGGUACCUCUAGGAGUGGAUAUUCUGCACCUCUAGGGCUGAAUACCUGGUACCUCUAGGAGUGGUAAAGGGGACAGAUACCUGGUACCUCUAGGACUGGUAGAGGAGACUGAUACCUUGUACCUCUAGGACUGGUAAAGAGGACAAAUACCUGGUGCCUCUAGGACUGGAUAUGCUGCACCUCUAGGGCUGGAUACCUGGUGCCUCUUUGACCAGAUAAUGAUCUGCACCUCAGGAAGCCAAUGCAUCUAUGUAUAAAUAUAUCUGUAUACAUCCAAAGCAUACAGAGGUGCUGGGCAGCAAGUAUUUAUAUCAGUAUAUGUUUAUCUACAAUACACACAAUUAUUAUAUAUAUAUAUAUACUCUUAUGAACACCUUAUACUUAUGCCUGUGUAUAGAAAUGAAGACUGUAGGAAGCAAUAUAACUGUAUAGUAUACAUAGUAUGGAACACCCGUAGAUCAAUACGUUAAUGCUGCCUAUUCCCCACAUUGUAUCAUUUAUCCCGCAUAUCUGUACUCCACUGUUAUUCUGCAAUCAUAUAUUAUUCUAAUGAUAGUUUCAUACUUGCCAAUUCUCCCUGACUGUGGGGAGACUCCCUGAAAUAGUAGUGAUCUCCCUGACUCCCUGAAGACUCUACCAAUCUCCCUCAUUACCCCCAUUAUGUAGAAAUGAUAAAAGUAAAUAUAAAUAUUAAUAAAAAUAAAUGUAUAACUAUAUAUUCUACACUUACAAAAGAUGUUUUAUUCUUAGGGAGCUAUUCACUACCAUGGGCUGAUUGGCCCCCCAGUAAUUAACUGUUCAACACACAAGAUUGGGACAGCAACCGUCCGCGGCAUACUCACAGUACCACAGCUGAUUCCGCCACUAAUUAGUAACAGUGGAUUUUGUAGUGAUCCACCCUACGAUGUAGACAUCGGAUCGCCCAUUCGCUACCGGGCGGUUUGCGGCACCCGUGGGGACGCACAAGCCACCCGUCCCUGAGACCAGGAAAUCUCCAUGCAAACCACAGAGAUCCCUGGCCUCUUCCCUCCCCUUAGACAGCAGGGAGGCCGUCACCCCCCCCCCAAAUGACAGUCUGCUGCGGUUCUGGUUCCUACAUCGCAGGUCCCAUUUGCGCACGUGCAGAACGGGCCCUUUGCAUACACAAAGUACCGAUUGACCUUCUAUGAGCCGGAUUCUGAUUUGUAAGUAAAGCAGAAAAAGCAAGUAACUUUGUGUCUGGAAUAAACCACGUUACCACGCAAGGGGAGCAAAUAUAUUGUGUGUGUGCAGGGUAAAUAACGUCUGCUUCUGCAUGUAGCCCACGCGUGUUACACAGCUUUAUGUUUAUAUUGCAGUCUAGAUUUCAGUUUGGACACCCCCUACCCAAAUCUAACUCUCUCUGCACAUGUUACAUCUGCCCUAGAAUCGCGGGUGGAAACUUCUUUCUUUUAUUGUGUGAUUAGAAAAUGAGCCCCGUUACCAGUCCUGCACCCUGUGAUACAUCUUCUCCCUAACCGUGUUAUUGUAUGGAAUUAUAGACUCUCACAAUGGCCGUAAGACGUCAUCUUUAAUAGCAAUAAUAUACUGGCUCCUCUAGGACUGGAUACCUCGCCCCUCUAGGGCUGAUUACCUGGUACCUCGUGGACUAGAUAACGAUCCACAUCUCAGGAAAGCUAAGAUCCAUCUUCCAGUAUAUACAUUAUUUGGCGUAUUAUAUAUAUAUAUAUAUAUAUAUAUAUAUAUAUAUAUAUAUAUAUAUAGGGGCUGGACAUCAAGAGCUUAUAUCAGUAUAUCUAUGUGUACACUAUAAUGUAUACUCUUAUAAACAUCCGCUAUGCCUGUGUAUAAUAACUAUGAGCGCUGUAAGCAAUAAUGUGCACUUAUGUAUAUAUGAAGAAGAGAUUACC